CACAAGCUUAUAAAUGCAACCGGAUUAACCAUCUGAUUAUCGUAUAAGCCAACAGCAACUGUCGUGUCGAUAAGAGUAAACAGAACUUUUCGUAUUCACCUGAAAAUAUGAAGUUUUUGUCGCUUGUUUCAGUAUCCCUACUUAUUGGGUUUACUUUGGGAGCAGUUACUCCGGCUCCCCCGGUCACGUGUUACGUUGGAAGAAGUUCGGGUACAAUUAUAAACGCAACCAAUUUCGAAGAACAAUUGUGCGCAAUGGGAGAGUCUUGCAGAACUGACAUUGUUAAAAGAGAGAACGAAUUGAUGAUUGAGAAGAAAUGCCACAACACAAAAGCUUGCUUUUCUCAAACAGAUGUCGUCAAUGAGUUCCAAUGUUAUAGUGGUCUGUCAUACAGAAACAAGUUGCACGUUUGCCUGUUUUGCUGUUCAACUGAUCGCUGCAACAAUAUGAUCGAGAUGCCUUCCUCUCCAUAAGAAAACUAUGCAUCAUAUACAUAGUUGCCAACAACAUCUUUUCCGUCAUGUUUAACGUGAAUACAGUGCAAAUUACAGAAGCCAAAUAAAAAUUAUUGCUUGCUGUCA